AUGACAGAGGAGUUGAGAACUAUUGUCUUUAAUUCCCAGGGCAGAAGGAUGCCAAAUUUUUCUUUUUCAACGGCCCAUAAUUUCCUCCGAUUCACCCCUGAAUCUUUGGAUGCAGUUAGAAAGAGAAUUGCCGAGAAGAAAGCCAAUCGCUCCAAAGCCUCGGAAAAGGACAAUAAUGAAACAGAAGAAGAAAAUAUUCAACCACAGCUCGAUCUGAAAGUUUUAAAAAAGCUGCCUAUUCUUUAUGGGAAGCCUCCUCCUUGGCUCAUCGGAGAACCGUUGGAAGAUGUUGACGCCUAUUACAGGGAUCAUGAGACGUUUAUGGUGCUAUCAUCCCGAAGCAGAAUCUUUCGAUUUACGGCCUCCAAAUCUUUAUUUUUAUUUAGUCCUUUCCACCCACUAAGGAGACUAGCCAUAAAAAUUUUAAUACAUGUUAUAUUUAUUGCAUUUAUAACAUGUGUUGUUCUUGUCAACUGUGUUUUUAUGGCUUUAAACAAUCCUCCAACUGAUGGCAACACUACUGAAAUUAUUUUCACCAGCCUUUAUACAGCGGAGUUUGUAAUCAAAGUGGUAGCAAGAGGAUUUGUUUGUAAUGAAUUCACUUACCUGCGAGAUCCUUGGAAUGUCUUGGAUUUCUUUGUUUUAAUUAUGACAUAUGUAGCUUUCAAUCAAAAAUUUGGCAGCAUUUCAGCUCUCCGAAUUUUCAGGAUUCUGAGAACUUUAAAGGCAGUUUCUGUAAUCCCAGGUUUGAAAGUCAUUAUAUCCUCCCUUCUUCAGUCAGUGAAAAAACUUGCAAAUGUGAUGCUGCUGACGGUUUUCUUCUUGGCCGUGUUUGCAUUGGUUGGUCUUCAGCUCUUCAUGGGUAACCUAAGAUAUAAUUGUGUUCCCUGUUCGGAUCUUACUGAAAACCUCAACAAAACUCAUUGUUUAUUAAAGGAUAAAGAAUGGGAAGAAUCCAAAUUUGAAUUUCCUCCCAGCCUGAAAGAAACUCUCAAAAAGCAUCUGAUUUGGCAGUGCUGUUCGCUGUGGUUGCAGAUAAAGAAUAUAUUGAAGAAAAUAAUGAUAAAUCCUUUAAUGGAACUAUUUAUUACACUGUGCAUUAUAGCAAAUACCAUGCUGAUGGCAUUGGAAAAUCUUUCAUUAUCAUCAGAACAGGUUACUGAAGGAAAUAAUGUAUUCACUGCCAUUUUUACAGCAGAAAUGGUCCUCAAGAUGAUUGCCCUGGAUCCAUAUUACUAUUUUCAGUGCUCCUGGAAUGUGUUUGACUUCACUGUGGUUAUUAUAAGCAUAAUAAACCUGUUCCUGAAAAUUCGGUCGCCAAUUUUCAGAACGCUGAGAAUCUUCAAACUUUCAAAAUUUUGGCCAGCUUUAAAUAAGCUUAUGAAAAUAAUGUUGAAAUCAGUAGGCCCACUGGGUAACCUCACCCUGGUUCUGAUAUUCACUGUAUUCAUUUUUGCCGUGGUUGGCAAGCAAGCCUUUGGGAAUUACUACAGCGCUGUUGCUGCUAACGCUAGCAUCUGCAACAACAACAGUACGUGCCAGUUGCGUUGGCACAUGAAAGAUUUUUUACAUUCUUUCCUUAUUAUAUUCCGAAUUCUGUGCGGAGAAUGGAUUUCCACCAUGUGGGAAUGCAUGCAAGUUGCCGGGGAAGGACGGUGCAUAAUUCUGUUCAUGCUGGUCCUGGUUUUAGGAAACCUGGUGGUCCUCAACCUCUUUAUCGCUCUGCUGCUGAGUUCCUUCAGUAGCAGCGAUUCCGAAAUAGAAGCUGAUGACCACAAACCUGAGCCUGGAAAGUCUUUAGCACUGAUUCAGACGGGGCUGCGAUUUGUUAGACUUUUUCUGUGGGAUUGGUGUUGCCAUGUCUUCCUGAAGAAGCUGAGGAUAACAGGCCCAAAGAAAAAGAAUGAGACAACUGCCAUUGAAAGGUCCUGUGAUUCUGAACAUAUGAAAGAGAUCUCGGAGAACUUUGCUAGAAAGGAAUCCUUCGGGAAUUGGGAUAAACUUCCGUGGGAUAGAAAGCAGGAAGAUUUCGUGACAGAUUACACGGAGAUUCCCACUAUCCCCCUGGCUGAACUGGAGACAUUAAGUGUUGAGGACAGUGACCUUUGUACCCUGAGAAGUUGCCACGGUAACAGCUUCACAGUACUGCACAAGGGGGCCCCCUCUGGUGGAGAACUCAUCUUUUUAUCAGAGGAUCAAAAGAAAUAUUAUAAUGCACUAAAAAAGCUUGGUACCAAGAAACCACAUAAGACUAUUCCACGACCUCUGAACCAGUUCCAAGGAUUUCUUUUUGAUAUCGUAAACAAGCAAGCAUUCGAACUGUUCAUCAUCAGUCUUAUCUUCUUAAACGUGGUGGUCAUGGCCGUGGAAUAUGAAGGUCAAGAUGUGGCUGCUGAUCAACUUCUUGAAAAGAUCAACUUUGUCUUUGUUGCCCUCUUCACUGGCGAGUGUGUAAUGAAGCUGUUGGCUCUGAGGCUUUAUUUCUUCAAAGACUCCUGGAACAUAUUUGAUUUGGUGGUCGUCAUUCUUUCCAUCAUUAGCCUUGCAGCAACCCAGCUUUGGCGACGCCUCAAUUUCCCGCCGACAAUCUUGCGUGUCAUUCGAGUGGUCCGUAUCAGUCGCCUCCUGAGGCUGAUCCGAGGUGCGAGAGGACUGCGCACCCUGCUUUUUGCUCUGCUGAUGUCCCUCCCCGCCCUCACCAACAUCGGGCUCCUCCUCUUCCUGAUCAUGUUCAUCUACGCUAUAUUUGGCAUGGCUAAUUUCUCCUGCGCCAGUUGGGUCCAAGGGAUUGACGAUAUUUUCAACUUCCAGACGUUCGGCAACAGCAUGCUCUGCCUCUUCCAGAUGACAACCUCCGCCGGCUGGGAUGAGCUUCUGGGGCCAAUGCUCCUCCACCAGGACAACUAUAAGUGUGCUCCGAACAUCAAAUCCACCCCACAGAAGAGCCCCUGUGUCAACAACAAGGUGGCCAUUGCCUAUUUUGUCAGCUACAUCAUUAUUUCAUUUCUGAUUGUAGUCAACAUGUACAUUGCUGUCAUCAUCGAGAAUUUGAACGUUGCCACCGAAGAGAGCACAGAGCCACUAGGGGACGAUGACUUUGAAAUCUUUUAUGAGAUCUGGGCAAAAUUCGACCCCAAAGCGACCCAGUUUAUCUCUUACUCAGCACUCUCCAACUUUGCAGAUGCCCUGGAAGAACCUUUACGAAUACCGAAACCAAAUAGCCAUCAGUUGUUGUCCAUGGACCUUCCGAUAGUCAAUGGGAGUAAAAUCCACUGUUUGGAUAUUUUGUUUGCUUUUACCAAAAGGGUGCUGGGAGAAUCUGGAGAAAUGGACUCGUUUGAGUCCCAAAUAGAAGAAAAAUAUCCGGAGAAGAUUGCCUAUGAGCCAAUUGUGACAACUCCCAAGAGAAAGCAGGAUGAGUCUGCUGUCAUAAUUCAAAGAGCUUUUCGGAUGCAUCUCCUCCAGCACGCAGGAAAGGAAGCGCCUCAGGAACCCUAUGUAACUAUCUCCUUGGAGAAUAUUCCAGAAGAGGAAAACUUAUCGGUGUUCAGUCUGAGUGAAAAUGAAGGCAGCCAGUCCAGUAAUUCUCAGAACUCGUCUUCGGUGGCCAUUCCUCCAUCCUACAGUAAUGCGACUAGCAUCACUCCUGACAUUCAGCAGGAGGGGUCCUCUGGCCAUAAGGGUGAUACAAAGUGA